AUGCGUUCUACUGCCGCUCUCAGGAUGAUCCAGCCUUCGGCUCGGAUGAUGUUCCGCCAGUCGCCCCGGAUGAUGCGACCGGUGCCAAAGGAAGACCAGGCCGGCCAUACCAUCUCCCAGCGGUUGCGCAAGCUCAAGCAGAUUCCCGCCGAGCUGAUCCCCCUUGCCGUUGUUGUUGGCUUUGCCAUCUUCGCUGCCGGAUACUCGACCAUCCGGAAAUUCUAUGUGGACAAGAACCUUCGAUUGUCCAGGCAGGGUCCUGCCAGCCGAGCGGAUCACUAA